GGAAAAAAGGAAAUCACAGAGAGAGAGAGACAGAGAGGAAGAGAACGAGGAAGGGGCAGAGACAGGCGUACUGUGGAGGACAGGAAAGACUGGAUGGUAACCGCCGCCGGCCCCCCCAGCUCCCCCAGAGAUGGCCUCCAACUUCAACGACAUCGUGAAGCAGGGUUACGUCCGCAUGAGGAGCAGGAAGCUGGGGAUCUACCGCCGAUGCUGGCUGGUGUUUAAGAAAUCCUCCAGCAAGGGCCCCCGCAGACUGGAGAAGUAUCCUGACGAGAAGUCGGCCUACAUCAGGGCGUGUCCCAAGGUGACAGAGAUCAGCAAUGUCAAGAAUGUGACAAGACUCCCACGGGACACCAAGAGACAGGCGGUGGCCAUCGUCUUCACCGAUGACACAUCCCGCACCUUCACCUGUGACUCAGAGCUGGAGGCGGAGGAGUGGUUCAAGACCUUGUCAAUCGAGUGUUUGGGAACCCGGCUCAAUGACAUCAGUCUGGGGGAGCCGGACCUGCUGGCUGCGGGGGUACAGUGUGAGCACACAGAGCGCUUCAACGUGUUCCUGCUUCCCUGUCCCAACCUGGACAUCUACGGAGAGUGCAUGAUGCAGAUAACCCACGAGAACAUCUACCUGUGGGACAUCCACAACCCCCGCACCAAGCUGGUCACCUGGCCGCUCUGCUCCCUGCGCCGCUACGGUCGGGACGCCACCCGCUUCACCUUUGAGGCCGGCAGGAUGUGUGACAGUGGAGAGGGCCUGUACACCUUCCAGACCCGCGAGGGAGAGCAGAUCUAUCAGAGAGUGCACUCAGCCACCCUCGCCAUCGCCGAGCAGCACAAGAGAGCUCUGAUGGAGCUGGAGAAAAGCAGCAGGUUGCUGUCGAAAGGCUCGGAAGCGGGGUCGUACCCCUGCACCCCCACAGCCAUUCUGCCCCGCAGCGCUUUCUGGCACCACAUCACGGGCACACAGGCCAGCCUGGACCCUGCCAACGGUGACGUGUUUGGCGGCUCUCAGACGGACCCCGACGCUGACCUGCUCCCCACACGGCUCCCCCCGGAGCGUCACAGCACGGUGCCGCUGCGUCAGAGCCGACACCCCCCCGGACACUUCCCUUCCUACCCCAGCCAAUGAGGGGCGCUGCAGACACCCGCCCCUUUCCUUCCUCCCUCAUCUCUCACCCACGCGUCUCCGCUGGCGCCUGGACUUCUUUUCCACACCCCCGUGGGCCCGUCAGGGGGACGGGGCGUGGGCGGGGGCCCCAAACCGCUGAGGGAGCACACACUCAUGCCCUUCACCCGGAAGUGGGAGGAGCAGAGACAGACAACCGCCACACUCCCUACCCCCCCCCUCCCCCAAAGGAACUCCAACUCCCAGCAGCCCUCAGUAAGGAGGACAGAGGGAGGCAAGAAGAAGUCAGAGGGAAGUGAAGAGCACUGCGGCCCGCGGAGUUCCUGCUCCUCGUCUUUGCGCUGGGAUUUGUUAGACAGCCGGACGCUUCGUUUUCCUGACUCUUCCUGCGUGCACCCCUUAGUGCAUGUUCCUCAGAGAGGGCUAUCACGACUGUGGAGGGUCUCUUUUUUUUGUAGUGGUCCCUCACAGAGGGCUGAGUUGUCCCCAUUCGGGUUCCGCUCUUUGGGGUCAGGGAUACCCUACCCUAACGCUCUACUACAUGGACCCUCUUGUGUUGAUGGAGUUCAAUGUUUCGUUGCGGGGUCUGGAGUAGGAGUCUUCCCCCCCUUAGCAGAACACAGAAAAAUAAAAUAAAAAAAAAAGAAAAACAUUGUGUGAUUUCUGCCGCCACCCAGUAACCCAUAGCCCACUGAGCUCUGCUGCAUGAGUGUGGCGUGGCACACAGCCUGUGAACUCAACUCAACACGACACACAGAAGUGUGUAAGCGGGGAGGUUUCCCGUUUCCUCGAAAACGCACAGUGACCCAGUUUCUCCUGGCGAGUCUCCCAUGUCAGAGGAAGGCAGGGCUCCUCUCGCACUCUUUCUCACAGAAGCGCUGUCCAUUUUAAUCCAUUUCUCUCUCUCCUCUCUUUAUGAUGUCACUGACAGUGUGGCUCAGAUGACUCAAGCUUCCCAUCGCAAAUCGAAUUCCGUUCAGCUCGGCUGAAUGGGCAAUCGGGCGAUGGGUUUGCUCGGCGUUUUGAGCAAGGAGAGCCACCAUUGUCUGAUUUGUUGCUUCUCCUGGUUUUUCUCAUGCUGGGGUUUGUUUGGGACUGCAGAUGGGACAUUUCUGGGAGGUUUGUUUUGUCUCAUUCAUCCAAUCAGAGGUCCUCAAUGUUUAAUAUUUAAGUAAUGCUAAGGGUUUGUAAUGAGCUAGUGAAAUGGGUGGGUGUGGUUUGUUGACUCCACCUCUUUUUACUGGAACUUUGAACCCUUGAUCGUAGAAAGAGCGGGUUUUGUCAAGAGGCCCCUGCUCUUUGGACAGCGACCUGGAAGGAGAACCCUGGUACUGGAAGAAAGGACUGUGAGCCAGCACAGCUCAACUCAACUUUCAAAUUUAUCCUCCUCCUUUUAAAGGAACUUCCCACGUCUGAAUGAGAAAUGGCUUCAUUUCAGAGUCUGAUUUCCUAAAAAUCCAUUUGCAUUCUCUGUCCAAACGCCAGUGUGACGAUGAUGAAUAUCACUGUUUGUUGGUGUUUGUUUCUUACCUUUGCAUCGUGACUUUUUUUUUGUUUUUGAGAGUACGUCCGAUUACCGACCCACAUCGUUCUCGAAGUUACGUUUUGCACUCAGAAGUGAUGAUUUUUAUUCAAUCCAUUUUAGACAACUCAGGAGAAAAUAGUUCUUCUAUCUGAAACAUUGUCUUCUCGGUGUGACGUAGUCUGCUGGGCCGUUUGUAGGUGGAAUACCAGAGGGGUUGAGGUGGGGCAGGUAGCUGUUCUGGGUACAAACACUUCUCUGAUCUACCUGUCUGGGAGAACCUUCACACCAAAUACGUUUUUUAGGGCUAAAGAGGGUGUUCCACUCUGACUGGGGCUGCAAUAUAGCGAGUGGUCUGUCCCGGGGCUACGAACCAAUAGCCAUCUGAAGCUGUAGGCCUCCUCCAGCUGCUUACCAUUUAACACCAUCCCUGCAUUUCACUUAGGGGGUUAACACUGAAAUGAGGAAGAUCUAUAAUGGAGUUUUACACUCUGUCCAGUGAAAGAGUGAACAGUGCACUUAUGGAAUCGCACAAAGGAUUAGGGGAGGGGUUUAGUGAAUGACUGACAGGGCUGCUGUGACACACCUACUUGUAACCAUGGGGUCGUUCACAAAGUUCCUGUCGAUGGUCACUUUACUCCAAAUUGAAGUCUUUUUUUUUUUUUUUUACAUCAUUAAUGCAUUAUUCAUUAU